CCCCCCGUCCACCCUCCAUCCCGUCCAACACAAGUUCGGUAGCUGGGCUCCGUCUCUUGUCCCUUCUCUCUCUUGUGCUGGUCAUUUUCUCUUUCAUUAUUCGUUGAAGCGUGUAUCCCGGCUGGCUGGUCCAUUAUCCAUCUGGUUCAUCCCGUCGCCUUUUGUUGAUUCGUCAAUAUGUUCAAGAGCAUCGCUGUUCUCUCUUUGUUUGCCUCGACGGCUUACGGCCAUGCCUUCAUUUCCUCCGUCAAGAGUACAAAUGGCGUUUCCGCCAUGUCGUUCGGUGUUGACACCACGGGUGCCAUUCCCCGGAAUGGAACCACUGAGCAGCCCUUCCAGCUCGAUACACCCGUGCUCAAGGAUUUGAACACGAAUCCCUGUGGUUCAACGCUGCAGGGCGGUAGCAUUGACAUUACCCAGGCCCUGAAGGCACAGGAGCAAGCCAACAACGGUGCACUCCCCGCCGUUGAAAGCACCGUUACCCUUGGUCUCCACCAGGUGAACGCAGACGGUGGAGGACCCUUCACGGCCGAGGUGAACGAGGACGGCACGGGCAAGACAUGGGUUGCUGCCACCGUCACGAAGCAGCCCCCGGGUGAAAACGGUCUCCUGCACAAUGGCCCCGCGGACUCUGAGUUGACUCUGCAGUUGCCUAACAACCUGAAGUGCACUGGCGGAACAAACGGCAACGCCUGCCUGAUCCGUAUCACCAACGGCGGCGAGAACAGCACGUCCUUCGCGAACGGUGCCGGUCCCUUUGGCGGCUGCGUCGCCGUCUCACAGGCGAACGCCGCCACUGGCUCUUCCUCCGGUACCGCUGCCAAGUCGACGAUCACCGCCGCCGCUGGGGGCAACGGGAACACCAGCAGCAACAACCGCAAGGGUGGCAGCAAUCGCGCGAAGAACAACGCGAUUAUGCAGGGCCGGCGCAGCCUCCUCAGCGGGCGCUCCAUCGCGUCGAUCGACGAGCUCUCCGAGCUGGUCGCUAAGAGAGAGAUGCUGAACCGCAACAUCAACGAGAAGAGACAGUUGUUGACUGCCCAGUUGAUUGACGAGCUCGAGACUGCCACUGGUACCGCUAUCGACAUCCCCAUCGACAAGCUCGCUGGCCACGACGACUUCGCGGCCAAGGGUGGCAACUCGACUGAGGCCUCCAAGGACGCUGUCCUGACGACCCAGCAAGCCAUCGACCUCAAGAAGGCCGUCCAGCUCGCUAUCGACAGCGCCCUCAUUGUGAUGGCGAACGGUAACAUCGACGCCGGCAAGCAGGGUCAGAGCUCGGAGAUUACUGACAAAGCCAACGCCGACGCCGCUGCUUCUCUUGCUGCCGGCGAGACGACCUCGGUCAACUUGGGCAACGCCGGUGUCGGCUUCUUCAACACCGCGAACGUCGACUCUCUUCUCGGCGAACUCGCCACCGCGAGUGACUCCAUCGCGGCUACGCUCACCUCGGGCAGCGGGGCUGCUGCCACCGCCACCCUGACCGACACCGCUGCCACGGCUACUGCUACUUCUACCCAGAAAACAGGCAGCAAUCGGACAAAGGGCAGCAACAACGGCGCCGCCAACCGCAACGGUAACAACCGCGGCGGGAACAGCGCCGCUGCGACGCGCAAGGGUGCGUUCAAGAACCGCGUCCGCUCAUGGGACGCCUAAGUCCCUCCAGUUCUCUGCCCUCGCUCUUUUAAAGGGUGAGGCAUAGAUUUGGAAUAGAGUUCGUGGGUUUGGUGAUUCAACGUUAUUUAUUGCGCCGCUCGGGAUGGAUGCGCCGGUAGUGUUGGUCUGUGUGUCGUGAACUUGUAUUAGUAGCACUCUCCCUUGCCACUGUUCUCGUGUACGACUUCCUACUGGGAGGAACACUAGCCAGUCAUGGAUACAACGUUUCUUCCCUUUUAUCUUGCC